AUGUCAAUUUCAGUGACAUCACCUAUGAGUGAUGAAGAGCAGAAGCUACUGGAUUAUAGAAACGCAACGAACUUCAGGUCUGUCAAAAGAGCUGAUCCAUCAGUGGCGCAGAUAUUGGACACAAGUGUAUAUUCAGUGAUAUACAAUUAUGACGAAGGAAGUGGGAAAUGGGAAAAACAGAAGCAGGAAGGACCCUUAUUUGUUGUUAACAGAGACAAGUCCCCCGAAUGGUCACUGUAUAUGUUAAAUAGACAAGGCCUGAAGAAUCCCGCUAUACCUCUGAUACCUGGAGAAAUGAAAUUGACAAUCGUUGAUCGAGCAAUGUUACAGGUGGCCAGAAGAGGUGAUAAACAACGAAUAGGAAUUUGGUUCUCGGAGGGUCCAGAAGCUGUAGAUCGAUUUCGAACGACUGUCUUAGGGAUAUGCGGAGAGCCUUCAAAACGACCUGAUUUGCCAAAUGUCCUUUCCUCACCAGAUAAUUCGGCUGCUCUACCUACACCUGUAAAUGAAGAUGGUUUAUCGAGGUUAUUCGCUGGACUGAUCAAGUCUCCUCCCAUUCAAUCUCCCCCUGUUAGACAAGCUGUACCUACCCCUCCAACGAAUACAACGACGAUAACGACUGCUACGACUUCAGCCACAUCGAAUGAGCCCAUCUUAUCUGCCAAUGUAGCUCCUCAACUACCCGCAGCUGUAUCUAUACCGACUCAAGUGAACAGUCACACUCAGGCACAGCUACCUAUCUCGCCUCCUCCUCCACCUCCAAUGCAUUCACCUCCUGGCCAAACCGCUGAUGAUCUACUAAUGAGUAUAUUGGGUUUUGCUCCUCCUCCCACCCCGCCACAACACCCACAAGAACACCAACAGCUGCCACAGCAGCAGCAACAAAUACAUCAGCACCAAGUCAGCCCCGCAGUGCCAGUACAAUCACCUCAUCCUAUGCAAAACAUCCCUCCUGCACCUUAUCCACCUGCUCCUGAAAUACAUCAAUUCCCCGUACAUCAAUUCCCUCCGCAAUUUCAACAGCAGCAAUAUCCACCUCAAAUACAUCAUCGACCAACACCACCUCCCACCCAACAAUUCUCUCCUUCAGUCCAAGCUCAACAACCACGUUAUCACAGGAUUGGAGAUGCAUCAUUCGCUCAAACCGUCGCUUUACCAUCUCCCCAUCAGUCUUCGGUGAUACCUUCCCCUGCUAUAUCGUCCAUUACCCCAGGUACAAGAACUCCAAAUGGUUACAAAAUCAAUAUAGAAUCCAGAAAUAUCAUGUCAGAAGCAGUCGUUGACGGCGUAGAAAACAGAGAACGAGACGAAGGAUUAACAAUCGCUGGUAUAGGAUUAGGAAAAGAAAACAGAAAAAUGGAAUUCAGGAGAAGAUUAACGGAUUUGAUCUUGACCGAUGAGAGAUUCGUGGAUGAAUUGUGGGAAGCUUAUUUGAACAGAAUGAGUAGGGUCGCUCAAGGUGGAGGAUGA